AUGUCAAAUCAAAGCAUGACAUAAUAGCCAGGAAGCAGAAGCGCGCAGAUUCUGUUUUCAAUUGGAAAAAAUAUUAAAACCUAACUGAAACUGUGCAAAUUGUCUAUUAGGUCGUGUGGUAAUAUAUAUAAUAAAUCAUGUCCUACGCUAUGAUUCGACAUUUUCGUAGAACCACUUUGUUGUGUGAACAAAUGAGGGUUGAAAGUACCUUGACCAACGUGACCCAGGAAGAGUUUUUAUUUCGACCUCCAGUGCCUCAAUGGAGCAAGGUGAUCAGAGAAGCGGAAAAGAUAGUUGGAUAUCCGACCUCCUUCAUGAAUUUGCGAUGGCUUCUAAGUGAUGAAUUCGCAAACCUGGCGAUGCACUUACGAAAAAUUGUAGGCAGCAACCAUCCCAUCAUGAAGACGGCCAAAACCGUACUCUACAAUGAACACAACAACCUCCAGCCCUGGGGACUCAUCAUCUUAUUACUUUCUAAAGCUGUAAGUUCUUCCACAUAUUCCGUAGAAAACACUACAUUAAUGGAACGGCAGCGAAUGCUGGCCGAACUAACAGAGAUGAUACGUACAGGCCACUAUAUACACAAAGGUUUACUUAACAUACCGUUAGAAGAACGGGACAAGACAAAAGAAACUUCUAUAUUCGCCAACAAAAUAGCUGUUUUGAUCGGAGACUAUUUACUCGUCACUGCAAACGGAAUGCUAGCACGUUUGAGAAACCAGGAUUUAUCAUAUUUGAUAUCAACAGCAUUACGGGAUUUGAGCGAGGGAGAGUUUUUCGGGCCACGUGAUAAACAAAAUAUGCCGUUACCAGGAAAACCAGUUAAGACGAAUGAAGAUUAUUUCAAAAUCAAUGGUGAUACAAUACCAUUAGAUGUAAAAGACACGUUAGGUUCACCAGUAAAAGAAUGGACUUUACGGACAAUGUAUAACGGAGGUUCCUUAUUUGGAAGAGGUUGUGAAGGUGCUAUGUUAUUAGGUGGUAAGAGCGAUUCUGAUCAGAAAAAGGCUUAUUUAUUUGGUUGUCACUUAUGCCUAGCAUGGCAAGCUGCGAGUGAACUACAAAAGUUUACAUCGACAAAUAAGGAAGCAUUUUCUCUAGUCAGCGCACCAGCCUUAUUCGCUUUAAACAGUUCUCCAGAUAUGUAUGAAAGUUUAAAAAGUGUUACUAACGUUUCAUCGUUAGACUUUGAUGAUUUGAAGAAGAGGAUAAUGGAAACAGAUGCGAUGGAACAAACUAAAUCGUUGUUUUCACUACACGCAGAAAAAGCUAAGAGUUAUAUUGAAAUGUUUGGUGAUAACCAAUCAGUGAGUACUAUAAAGAGUUUAAUCAAAACAGUAUAGCAUUAUAUUAGUUUUAUAUUCCCAUAGUAUUCCAGUGCGGAGAUGGUUUAAAGUGCCUAAUUGUUACUGGAAUAGAAUUAUUAAUUCCAGUAAAAAUAAGAAAGUGGUCUUGUCUUGCCACUAAGAAUGUUGUUGUACAUAGAACUAAACUAAACUGACAGGUCUUUGACUAUAAAUAAGGAACACUAUUUUUUUAUAUCAUAACAACACUUUAAAAAGUACUUGCUUUUGUGUCCUGUGUUUCCUGUACUUUACUGUCCAUUUAGUUAAGCACUUUUAAUAAUUUGGAAAGACGGUUUAUCAGCACUAUUAAUAAUUAAUAAAUAUAAAUGCUUUUUUUUUUCAAAAUAAAUUGUUUGGUUCAGAGAUUUGUGUAAAUACAAAAUAAAAAUGAACACUAUUAAAAAUACUGGAUAAUGUGCAUAACUGUUGCUGGAGUAAUGUGAACUCCUGUCCUGGAAAUAACUUACUGUUAAUUGAUACAGUAAUUUUUGGUACAAUAUGAGCUAUACAAUAAGAAACAACUUACUAGCCAAUGCAGCUUGUUAACAAAUAUAUGACAUACUGUGUGGAUAUCAAAAACAUUUGUCAUGGCUGGAAAAGUUGGGUGGAAUUUUUAGUUGAUUUUAAGUUAAAUAUAUCUUAACCAUUUCAAAGCUCACAUGAUGUGGUAUUGAAUUAAUCAAGCAAAAAAAGCGGAAAGGGACUUAAUAUUACCCCAUACUCACAUUUUUGGUUAGAAGUAUAGCAGAUAAAAGGCAAGAAAUUAGUAAAAGAAACAGGAUUUUUUAAUAAAUAAUCCAUUCCGCUUCUAAGAUCAAGGUUUGUUAGGAGUACAGAAAGUAGUCAGACAGCUAUAUUGUGCCUACGAAAUACCUCUUAGCUAGUUACCAAUAUGUUAUUUUUAUGUUAAGUAAGUGUUAAAAAUCAUGUCCAUUUUGUAUUAUUAUUCCAAAGAAGAAUAAUUUUAUCUUUGCAUGGUUAAAUUAAGUUUAUUUCUUCAUUGUACAUUGCUGGCAAUGGUAAAGUUCCUUUUAAAAUAUGUAUUACAGUGCCACCAAAUUGUCUGUGAACUGAAACUCUCACAAUUUGUGACAAAUUUUACUGUCAAAAUAGUGAGGUGUCGAUACGCCAUAAUUUCUGUUCCAAUGUCAAUGAGAAUCAGAGCCUUGAAGGAAGUCAGUAGCGACCCUGUAACCUGUUGUUUAAAUUUAGCUAAUAAGUAAAAAAAAGGAAGGUCUGUCUAUUUUGAAACGGCAUUUAUCAUAAAAACUUCCAUGCCUUUAUAAUUGGUUGCAUAAUAUAAAAAUGCUAAAGUAUAGUAAAGGUCCUCACUUCACGGAUAAGUUGUUGAUAAUGUAAUUAGAAUUAUAUGGAUACUGUAAAUAUUGAAGUGAAUUCCUUUGCUCACAAAUCUAAACUUUAUUAACAUGUCCAUAAAUUAUCUUCAAAAUGUGUAUAGCUAUUACUUCAAAGCUGUCAAUUUAGUUCCUAUUUUUUUGUGAUUCGCUAAUUUAGCACCAUUUGAGAAGUUAGUAGAGGUUUUUGUGAAAAAACUCGUCCAGGAAGUACUAUCACCAUGCUUAUUCCUGCUGCUAAGCAGCAUUGUUGCAAUGCUGUGUACCGGUCUGAACGGCGUGGUUGCCGGUGUAAUUACAUAUGAGGCUUAACACCUAUGCAUUAAAUUGCGUGCCCUAUAAAAUGUUGCUCUGUUUAUAGGCAGUGUUUUCCAAUUACCUUCAGGUGGGCCACCUUCUUGGACCGUCAAUUAUUACUGUAAAACGAAACCACUGCAAUGUUUUCUAUUUACCUUUUUAAUUAAAAUCAGAAAUAGGUGUCGGUGCCAAUUUGUUGUAGGUACAUUACUAAACUAAAUUGACAGGUCUGAAAGUAGUGCCAUCCUGUUCCCAUCGUCUUAGAAAAGUGUAGCACCAUUUUAGAACUUUCAAUUUAAAGAGUACUGCACAACAGAAUUAUCAUUUUCAAGAUUGUUUUGGAAAUAAGAAAUUUAAACGUUAAAUGUAUUUGAAUAUUACUUAAUUAUCGCGCGAUCUAGGUGGGCCGUGCUGUAAUAAGUUACAAGUGGCUGGGCACAUUAAGUUAUUAGGAUUUCAAUGGUGACGUAGUGAUGCGCGAAAGCCUUAGAGUGCCUACUUCAGGGCGGCCAAUUAAGAUCGUGCCAACUGUAAUUGUGCAAAAUCGUUAGUACAAAAAUGUCGAAACUACACUAAGUUGACAGGAUCAAAAAUAUUUGAACAUUGAUCCCAAUUCGCUUACACCUUACUCCAAUCUUAAAUAAAUCCUUUGUCUUUUUUUGUAUCGCCUGGAAAAGGAUAAAAUACUAUUUUCAAACUGUCAAUUUAGCGUAGUUUUACCCAGACGAAAUUGGCACUAAUACAGCACUGGUUUUGCAUGCAACAAUUGCAUGUGAACCAUUAAAAUAGUAAAAACACGGACAAAAUAUA